UGAACUACACCAACCAGGAUGUGGCUCUCUACACAUUAUACCGCGUUAUUAUCUUUAAUAUCGGCUGUUUUAUUGCACUAUGGGGCGUCCGGGCUUCAGGACGUGACCCGGGAUUUAUUCGGCCCGGAGAAUUCAGGCACGGUGGCCGCCUUCGGAGACUUUAACUCGGAUAAACAGACUGAUGUGUUCGUCAUAAGGAAAGACUCUGAGCUGCUGAUUUUCUUGGCUGAUGUUAAAACGCCGUAUUUCAAACCCAAAGUGCGUGUGAAGAAAGACGCGUUUCCGAGUGGGGUGAGUAGGAUCAGCAGUGUGGUUCCAGCUGAUUAUGACGGAGACUCUCAGAUGGACGUUCUCCUCACGGGUCACGACUCAGACCUGCAGCACACCAAAGUCUUCGUCUUCUGGGGGAACAACCAAACUCUGAAUCAAAGUGACCGAGUCGACCUGAACGGGACCUUUAAUGAUCAGCCUCUUGUCAUGGAUUUCGACGGCGAUAUGAUUCCGGACAUUUUUGGAACUGUGGGCGAAUCCACUGAGGUCUGCUACCUGCGUGACAGGAAGCCGAGGUGCAAGAAAGCUCUCGAGUCAAACGUGCAGGUCCGCGUUCCUCACUCCAACGCCUUCAUCGACCUGAACAAGGACUUCACGGCCGAUUUGUUUCUCAGCACAGGAUCGAAUCCAGCGUUCGCGUUUGAGACAUGGAUCAAUACGGAUGGAAACUUCACCAAGAACUACACGGUAAAGGCGCCAGAGAACGUCAAACGAGUCGGCCAGUCUGCUUUCGUCGAUUUCGAUGGCGACGGUUCUCAGGAUCACCUCCUGCCCGUCUGUAUGGACGACGCGUGCACCAAAAGCGCCAUUUACCUGGCGAGGCCUGGAGAGACUGAGUGGAUCCCUGUCCUGACAGAUUUCCAGAGGAAAGACUCACUGUGGGGUUUUGUCCCUCCCCCGGACACGCUUUCGAAAGACGGUCUUCACCCCCCCAUCACGCUACACCUGGGCGACUACAACCUGGACGGGUUUCCUGACGCUCUCGCAAUCCUGAGAAACACCAGCAACAGUGCUCAGCAGCAGGCGUUUCUCCUGGAGAAUGUGGAGUGUAAUAACGUGAGCUGUAAAGACGCAGGACGUACGUUCCACGUGCACUGGGACCAGCCCGACCUGAACGCCAUCCCCAAAGCCGUCGUGGCCACCUUCUUCGACAUCUACGAGGACGGAAUUUUGGACAUGAUCGUGCUGAGCCAGGCGGAGGGGAAGGAGGAGCUCACCAUCCACGCCCUGAAGAACAACUUCGAGGCUGAUGCUUAUUUCGUUAAAGUGAUUGUACUCAGUGGACUGUGCUCUAAUGACUGUCCUGACAAAGUGAAGCCAUUUGGUGUGAAUCAGCCCGGUCCAUAUGUCAUGUACACGUCAGUGGACUCUAACGGCUAUCUGAAGAACGCCUCCGCGGGUCAGCUAAGUCAGUCAGCAUAUCUCUCGCUCCAGCUCCCCUACACCGUCCUGGGCCUCGGUCGCAGUGCCAACUUCCUGGAUCACCUUUUCGUUGGCAUCCCCCGACCCCCCGGAGUCAAGGACACUAGAAAACAGGAAUGGACCGCCAUAAUCCCUAACUCUCAGCUCAUAGUCAUCCCAUAUCCAAAUAGUGACCCUCACAGCUGGAGCGCUAAACUGUACCUGACUCCCAGUAACAUUGUGCUGCUGACGGCCGUGGCACUGAUCGGAGUGUGUGUUUUUAUCCUGAUCAUCAUCGGAGUGCUACACUGGCAGGAGAAGAAAGCAGAUGACCGCGAGAAGAGACAAGAAGCUCAUCGCUUCCACUUCGACGCCAUGUAAGGAUCCGGGGUGUGUCAUGGGGAAAAAAGAAGUUUCAUCAUAAGCAUUCAUCUCACUGAAGAAUUUAUUUAAUAAAUUAUUUGAUGUUUCACCCACUGGAUAUAUUUUUUAUGUUUCUUGAAUUGAAUACGUUAUUGAAUGUGUGAGAUCUCUGGGAAAGUGUGGCGGUUAUUCCUCACUUCUGAUUUUUUUUUUUGUUUAUGAUUGUUUUAUUUAUAUAUGGUGGACGUUUACUUGAACGUUACAUUACAUUAUAUGCUUAUAAAUGAUGCAAACAGGGAGUAUUGAUUUUGACAAAAAGCAAUGAAAGAUUUCAGUGCCAUUUUAUUUGUCCUUUCGGCAUAAAGUAUUAAAUAUAGUUUUUUUUGUUUUUUUGUUAGUUUUUUUUGCAUACGCUACAAAAGGGAAAAAUUGUGUCUCUUGGGCAAAAGAAAAAUACCAGGAUGAGUUUUGGGAGAUUAGUCUUUAUUUUUAGUGCUUGUUUUGAUGUGCUCAAACAAAAUAACUGCACCAGUCACAUUUGUCUGGCUUGCUCUUUUUUUGCCUGUGAAUAAAACUGAAAAUGUUUUCUGUACUGAUCAAUAAGAAAUAACACUGUAUGUAUGCAUUUUGAACCUUUUUGUCUUACUAUAAGAGUGCAUUCAGUGGUCUGUUCAAAUGGCCUUCAAUCAAGUAGUGUUUAGUGACUGAAGUUUUCUUCCCUUGUUUUGCACUGCCAGUAAUGACAUCAUCAUUUUACCACCAUGUGCUCACACAGUUUGGAAAUUGGCAGUCUAAUAAAACAGCAGAGUUUAUAAGGUUAUGUUUAAAAAGCAAUUAAAGUUGAAUUGGAGGUGUACAGGAUGGCGCAAAAGUCUGGAUGCUUAGGCAUUUUUUAUUGUAUGUGGGUUUUUUUCUGAUUUCAAACCUAAGAUGGUUAUGAAGCUAACAAUACAAGUACAGUAAAAAAAACAAAAAACAAAAUCAAAAUUAUUUUCCUUUUGUCCAGCAGAUUGUUGUUUGAUAUUAUUUAUACUUUUAAAUACAUUUUUGCUUAUGGAUCCAAACUUUCGGGCCACCCUGUAUUAAAUGUUGAAAUGUUUCAAACUUACAAUCCUGCUUUCAGACUUUAAGCUAUAAUUGCCAUGUGAUAAUAAUUUAGCCCAUUAAAGAAAUAAGGUUAAGUUCAUAAUAAGUCAGCAAAAUGGACAUGCACACUACGUCUCUGACCCCAUGACCCUUAACCUAUGAAAUAUGAAAACUCUGCAUAAUUUUUUUUUAAUCUGUAGAACAGUUACACUGUUAAUUGAUGUGUUAGUUGAUGUGAAAGGUUUUUGUUUGAGAAUGCAGUUUUAGCAUUAAUAGAAAGGUUAGACUGUUUUUUUUUUUUUUUAAUUGUUUGUUUAAACACAUUACUAUGGACAUGUGUGCUUAGUACCAAUAAGGGAACUGAUUCGACUCCAUGGUGGAACUGUACCUGUACUUUCUAAGUUUACAGCCCUGAACAACUUCAGUAAACUGUUUAAGCUGCUGAGGACGUGUGAAGAUUUAGACGCCGAUAUUGCACAAAGCUAAACCUGAGGCUAUAAAGCUUCCAUUACUUCUUAGCUACACUAGCCUAAAGGCUUCAGUGCAAAAUUUAGAAAGCAAACAUAUCUUGGGUACAGUACAUUGCCACAAGUAAGAUUUGAAUGUUUGUGCAGACAGUUUAUCUCAAGUGUGCAUAUUUUGCUCAAGUUUUCCAUUAAGAAUGUUAGUUUCUUGUGUUAGUUUCAUGUUGACCCGUUAGGUCCAAUCAGAGAGAAGCUGGUGCACAAAUGGGAAUAAUGGGAAUAAUGGGAGUCGUGCUCAUCCUUGUCUUUGCUCCAAACAGCUUACAUACUAUGAACAAUAAAACGAUGAUCAGUGUAUAAUAAGUGAACAUUGAAAUUGUUUGCGAUCUUUAUUUUGAUUUUUUUUCUCUGUGAACGUGUUUGUUAAUAAUGUAUGAUUGUUAAGAGCUUUGUUAAUAGAUCAUAACAUCUAAAAUGUUAUAUUCCAUGAUCUCAAAGUACUCAUUUUUACUUUUUAUUUAACUUUCACUUCAUUGCCUUAUUGAAUUACCAGAUUUUUUUUUUUGCUGUGGGUAAUACAACUUGGUCAUUAACACAGGUGGUGGUGUUUGUAUUUUUGAUUAUUUCUAGAUGUGUAUUAAUUUUUGUGCAACAUUGGGUUGAAUGUGAAUUAAU